AUGGCUGAUUCCGUCACAGUCCGAACCCGCAAGUUCUUGCGAAACCCUCUCCUCCAGAGGAAGCAGAUGGUCGUUGACAUUCUGCACCCUGGUCUCCCAAACAUCUCCAAGUCCGACCUCCGUGAAAAGCUCGGCAAGCUCUACAAGGCCGACGCUGGCACUGUCUCUGUCUUCGGUCUACGAACACAGUAUGGUGGUGGCAAGACUACCGGAUUCGCCCUCAUCUACGACUCGCUAGAUGCGUUGAAGAAAUUCGAGCCCCACUACAGACUUGUCCGAUACGAGUACGCCACCAAGAUCGAAAAGGCCAGCAGACAGCAACGCAAACAGCGAAAGAACAGAAUGAAGGAGGUCCGAGGAACAGCGAAGACCAAGGCUGCCUCCAAGGACAAGAAGAAGAAAUAA